CCAGGCCGUGUCAUUGACAUUAUCUUAAAUGGAGACUAGCCCAGCGCGACGGCCAACAAGUUGUUCCUUUUCAGCUCCGUCGGAGUGAACGCUACAUGUGUCUUGAAUAAUGGAAAGUCAAGUGUAGUAGUAGUUUUUUUUAAAUUAGUUUUAUCGACGCGCUCCAGCGCUGCUGCGUGGACCUGUGCCUGGGCGGCUUGCUGUUGUUCUUGGCCGGGCUGCAGCAGGCGGAGGCAGCUGCCGGAGCCACCGCGGCGGAGAUGGCCAACCUGAACUGGAAGCCGUUCAUCUACGGCGGGAUGGCCUCGAUUGUCGCAGAAUUCGGCACAUUCCCCAUCGAUCUGACAAAGACACGGCUCCAGGUGCAGGGUCAGUCCCAGUACACAGAGGUGCGCUACAGAGGCAUGUUCCAUGCCCUGUUCAGGAUCGGCAAGGAAGAGGGCAUCCGGGCGCUCUACUCGGGGAUCUCACCUGCGCUCUUGAGACAAGCGUCUUAUGGGACCAUCAAGAUCGGAACCUAUAACUCCCUGAAGAGGCUUUUUGUCACUCACCCAGAAGAGGAGACCAUGGUCAUCAACGUCUUCUGCGGCGUCGUCUCCGGCGUUCUGUCGUCCUCCCUGGCCAAUCCCACGGACGUCCUCAAGAUCCGAAUGCAGGCGCAGGGCAGUCUGCUCCAAGGCAGCAUGAUGUCCAACUUCAUCAACAUCUACCAGACAGAGGGCACCAAAGGCCUGUGGAGAGGUGUCAUUCCCACGGCGCAGCGAGCCGCCAUCGUCGUCGGAGUUGAACUUCCCGUGUACGACAUCACAAAGAAGCACCUCCUUCGAUCCGGCGUCAUGGGCGACACCAUCUUGACCCAUUUCAUUUCAAGUUUCACGUGCGGCCUGGCGGGGGCACUGGCCUCCAACCCCGUGGACGUGGUGCGCACGCGCAUGAUGAACCAGCGCGUGCUGUCGGGGGCACCCAUGUACAAAGGCACACUGGACGGCGUGAUGCAGACGUGGAGAAACGAGGGCUUCUUUGCGCUCUAUAAAGGAUUCUGGCCCAACUGGCUGCGGCUGGGGCCUUGGAACAUUAUUUUCUUCAUCACCUUUGAGCAGCUGAAGAAGCUCCCGUUGUAAGCGAGAGACGCAAGUCGGGACGGUACGAAUCUGUCGGACUGUGUCGGCCGUGCCAGUGAAUUGGGGAGACACAAGCAGCAGCAGCAGCAGCACUACUGGGAGAGUUGUGGCACCAGUAUAUUUUCACACUCCUUUACCAGCAACUCCACCACAGCAUCAGCCAACCGCCCCACAUAUUCACUCAUCCAACACCUCAUGUCCUUUUUCUUUGGUUUUGCUAUUUAUUUAUGGGUGACUGAUUCUGUUUUCACCACAGUCGUGAGCACUGAGACCAGGCAGCUACUUUUAGCAGAUGUUUAGCAGAAGAGAGAGAGAGGGAGUUAGAACCUGGUUACCGCUGCGGACCAGGUGAGUUUCAACCUCAGCUUUUUUGAUGCAAGGAAGCAACAACAAGCUCAUUCAACUCAUGUAACUAAGUCUGACGAUAUAGUUACAUGAAUUUGCGAGGCUUGAUUUCCCUCCCUUCUGGAGGGAAAUUGUCCUUCUGUUACAAUGACUUGAUAGUAAAGUGCCAUACUUUUAUUUGUUUAUUGGCCGGAGAGUCUCGAGGCGGAAAAAGCCUGACAUGAGCGUCAAUCUGAGCCAAAGCCUUUGCUGUGAUGCUGUUGGAAACAGCAGUUAAAUGUACUGUGUGCUUUAAAGGCUUGUGCGGCUCAUGGCUGGAAAGGGGGGCCGAACGUGCCAAAGUUUGUUUUACUUGAACGUAUUACCCAUCUACAUCACUCCCAAAAAGUCUUUGACUCUUCCAGUCUUUCUGUAUCGCUGUUGCAACUUGCUGAUGAUGCUAUAAGCCCCUGUCAUCUGGAUUUUGGCCUGUUUUACUGCCACUUCUCUUCUCCCCCACCUCCCUCCUGCUCGAAAGGACCCUUUUAGUCUGUGUCGCAACCUGCUGAUGACACUAUAAGCUCAGAGAUGCAGAAAGACUGGAAGAGCCACAGAAAGGCAUAGAAGUGGUCCUCCUUGGCUUGCUUAAUUCAUUUGGCCAAACCCAUGGCAAAUGACGUCUUGAUGAAUUGUCCUGCAUUGUUGAUGGAUGCAGUUUAUCAGGGAAAUUCGUUUUGCUCAAACAGACCAAAUUUAUUGUAAUUUUACAGAUUUGGUUCAUGACAAUGCAUCGUAAAACAUCAAAAACUGAAGUGUAGUCAGAGUAAAGUUUUUACUGAUUUUACAGUAUGUUGGUGUAGAUUCACAACUUUGUUGUUGUCAUACUGUGAAAAUGAGUCUUUGGAUUGUGGUACUAAGCUGCUAGCUAACCACGAUGGUCGCUGUCCAAUGAAAAGCAUGUACCACUUUCUUUUAAACCAAAACCACAAGUCGUUUUUUUUCUGCUACAAAACAAACAAAAAAGGCAAACAUUUUUUAAUUAUCGUGGAACCUUGAACAAGGUUGCCGCAUCUGAAAAAAAAUGGAAAUGGAAAUAAUUUGUUUUAUUGUCGCCACAUCACAAAACAUUCUGAAUAAGUGUAAAAAGUAGUUAACCUCUGUAUUAUAACGGUAAAAACACUCUCUUAAGGGUGUAGUAAAUUUAGCGUCUCAUUUUUAACAUCCAUGUUACACAAGGAUUAAAACAAGCCUCUUUACCCUCCUGUUAGGUUAUGGGUCAAACUGAACCGUUUUAAAGUUUAAACCAAAAGUAUUUUAAGAGUAAGAAGUAAGUUAUGGGAAGAGGUUACCCCUCUUACCCUAAUGCUAAUCUCUUCUCAGAAAUGGCAAUAAUGUUAUGUUGUGGGUCAAAUUGACCUGUUCUAAACGUUAAAUUAAAUAGUCAAAAGUAACUUCUUGGGAUGAAUGAUUCUGCUUGAGUUAAGUGCAUAGAAACAUUGUAGUUUCUGACACCCCGGGUCAAAUUGACCCAGAAACAUUGUUUGAGGUUGAUUUCUCAGAAACAGCAAUAAUGUUAUGAGAUUUAAAAAAAAAAAAAAAAAAAAAAAAAAAGUUAAAGUAUUUUUUUGGGGGUAUGAAACGUUUCUACUCAACUUAAUGUCCAACAUUUUAGGUCAAAUUGAAAAGAAGUUGCUGCUCAUUUCCUUAAAAAUAUUUACCCGUAGUCCAUUAUGAGGCUCAUUUUUUAUUGUUUAAUGGCUAUGUUGUCAUUUGGAGGUUUGGCUUAACAUGCUUUUCAUUGGACAGUUGCUGUGGGACUUGAACUCAACACAACACAAUACAAUACAAACUGUCUGUUAGGACCCAUCUGUUACUAAAACACAAAGAAAAUCCUCACUUUUGAUUUGAAUAAUUAGAAUUUUUUUGUUACCAAACCUCGUGCAGCUAGUGUGCAUGUUUGUCACAGCUUGCGGCUUCUUAUUUAACGGUUAUUGUUUGGCGCUUCUUUAUUUUCACGAGUGGGCUGCUUCUUGGUUUUUUAAUCACAUUUUGUUGUCGAACACAGUUUGAUUGACAUUGCUUUCAUUCCCGCUCGGCUUUAUACAGUGUUUCGAUAUAUUUAACGCUCACACGUUUUGUGAGCAGUUUCACGACCAAAUGUGUCACUUCAUCCAUCGCCAGUCGUUCAUUCCCUAAACGUUACAUCUUACAAAUAAAAGAAAAUGUUUCACUUAUUGGACUUAUUUUAAAGUGCUCUUCCCCCCCCCCCCCCCCACCCCACCCCACCCCACCCCCAAUUGUAGCUAUUGAAAGCGCCUCUUGCUGUACUGAAUAAAAGAACUAUACUAUAUAGGUCAUUAAAAUGUUUUUUUUAUAAAGGCCACAUUAAAAUGUAUGAAAAAAUGCAACACAUUGCACUUUCUGCUCAGCUGAUUGUUGGUGGUUUUUACUUUGUGCUUGUUUAAAUGGGGGUUUAGUUUUCAACUGUUAUGAGUCAAAGAUUGACUGAAAUUCAUGUACACUCCAAAUAAAAAAAAUAAAUAAAAUGAAUGCAGAAA